AUGGAGAAAGUUAGUCACCUCGAAAAAAUAGUUAUACCACUUGUCCAAAUGGUUCAAAUGUUCUACUGUGAUAUUGAUGAAAUCCGUGAAGCUCUUAAGAUUCAAAUCCCAAACCAAGUUGCAGUUGAAGAGAAAAAGGGGAAAGAGAUGGAAGAAGCAAUGGAAGAAGAGGAAGAAGAAGAAAUUGCACAAAUUGCAAUUACGGAAGAAGAGGAACAAGAAGAGGAAGAAGAGGAAUAA